AUGCUCUACCGUCCUUGUUUACCCAAUGGCAAACUAGCUCCUCUACCAUGGCCUAUUGCUAUAUAUCGACUCACCAACAUCAUCUGUUGGCCUUUGGUAGACAAUGCUUCUUGGAUGGCCAAAAUCUUUGAUAGAUUUUGGUAUAUUCUGGGCUUUGCGAUAUUUUUGGUUACCAACGAUGCUGAAUUUCGUUAUUUGCGUUUGAAUCUAAACAACUUGGAUGAGCUGCUGACGGGAAUUCCUACAUAUUUCGUCUUGAUCGAAAUCCAUGUGAGAGCCUUUUCAUUGGGAUGGAAUAAAAACAAACUUAAGAAGUUAUUGCAGAAAUUCUAUGCAAAAAUAUAUAUCGAUGAACCUGAUAAUCCCAAAAUCUACAAGAAUAUCCAGCGACAAUUGAUUCCCAUUUUGGGUUUCUCGUGUUUAUAUCUUUGCGCUUUGUUUGUAUAUUCCGUGACACCGAUUUAUCUACUAUCGACUGGAAGCCGUGAACUUAUGUACAAAAUGAUACCACCCAUGGACCACACACCUCUCUACAUAUAUCUUCCUUGGUUAAUAUCGAAUAUGUGGGUUGGCGUUACCGUGGCCACCAUGAUGUUUGGCGAAGCAAACACUUUGUCCAUGAUGGUAUUUCAUCUGAAUGGACGUUAUCAACUAAUGAGGGAAAACUUUGUUGCCAAGGUGGAUAAACUUUUGAAAGGUAAAGAUGACACCGAUAUUGCAAUGCGAUUUCGUCAAAUUCUAGUGGAAAUUUUAAAUGAGAAUGAACGUUUGAACACAUUUGCUAAUGAAGUUCAAGAUGAGUUUACUUUUCAUUUGUUUAUAAUUUUCGGCUUCAUGGCUGCUUCAAUUUGUGCCUUGGGUUUUAAGGUGUAUACGAGUCCCAUGACCAGUAUUGGCUACAUGUUCUGGGCUAUGGGUAAAGUGCAAGAGACCAUUGCUUUUGGAACUAUGGGUACCUCCAUAGUGACAGUAACCGAUGAAAUCAGCUCCAUGUAUUACGAAUCAAAGUGGGAAUUGAUAAUGCAGCGUUCCAUGAAUCCUAAAGUCAAUGUUCGUAUCAUGAAGUUGGUUAACAUGGCCAUAACAAUCAAUAGCAAACCUUUUUCCCUUACCGGCUUGAACUUUUUUAGUGUCUCCUUGACAUCGGCAGUAGCGAUACUUCAAGGCGCUGGUUCCUAUUUUACUUGCCUGAUUUCAUUCCGGCAAUAA